CCCUCAGGCCCAAUGCGAUAUCAUAGCAGGUACGCGCAAUAAAUUCAUGGGGUUUCUUGCAGCAAGAGUACGCAAUGCACCCGCAUUGAUUGGGGUUCUCUCGUUUAUCUCAUCUGUAGCAAUGAUCCAAGCCAGGAACAUGAUUCGGCCCCGGCCCCCUCAAUUCUUGGUAGAAAUGCAGAUCCAUCAACAACGCACGCUCCGCGAACAAAAGCAAAAUAAGGCGUCCAAUGUGCAGGAGACCAAGAAACACCGACCACGGACUAAAGAGACUGAGAGUCAGGCACAACACUCGCCCAUGUAUUUUGCCGCUCCCAUUGCCGGUCCUAGACUACGGGUGCUUGCAUGCGAUCCGCUAUGGUGGGUAACAUAUGCAGCCAGCAUGCCUUUUUUCAUAUUCCCAAUGAGUUCAGCACUAGUGGACGAAACAGAGGUUUUGACAACUAGUAGUAGCAGCUUUGUCGUGAUACAUGUCAGGGAUAGUUGGUGGCAACGCAUGUUGGAUGCGCAAAAUGGCUAAAGGUGUUUGCACAACGAGGUGUAUUUACGUAGGU